AUGGCGGAUCUGGUGCUUUUUUUGACCUUAGCCAGCACGGUGUUGGCUCAAACGGAGACCUCGACUCGCCUGGCUCGUACAUCUCAAGCGGCACAAAUCAGAUACGACGAUCCUGAUGGCACGAAAGUGAACUGGAAAUUCUACGUGCCGUACAAUCAGCAACGCGCUCACCUGGAGAAUCCUCAGCGUGGUCAACGAGCCGAGACUGCGAUAGCUCAACCGCAAACAGCGGGUCAACAUCAGCAGGCACGUUUGGUCCAGUCUCAUCAUCAACAACCAGUAUCAUCGUUAUCGAACGUGGUCCCUGGUCAACCAGAAUAUAAAUCUUACGCGUCUGUACCGACUCAUAUCAAAGAGUUGAUACUACAGACGUACGAACCUCAACGUCCUUACGUCGAUCCGUCGUCUUUUAUCCAUCAACAGGGUCUAUCUAUUGAACAAGCAAAUUCUCCUUCGGAUAUUUCUCAUUCAGCUCAAUACGUAUCGCCCGCUGCGAAAUAUCAAACCAUCGAUGACACAAGAACAGCUUCGAGCGAUUUUUAUUACGGCGAAAGAAUGGCUAAGCCUCAAGGAAGAAUCGAUUAUAAGGAAGACUACGAUCAACGUACCCAACAACACGAGCAAUCGCAACAGUCUCAGCAUUCGCAAAACUCCCAACAAAUUGUUGGUAUAACCGUACCAAUCGAAACUAUGCCUGUUCAACCAGUACCAAAAUUGGUCAUCGACAAGAACAUGCCGCAAGAGAUACAACAGUUGCUACAUUACCAAUCUCAGAUACCCUAUGAUGUCAUAGCUAACAGAAUUACUUACAGGCCAAAAACCUUGUUCAUUCCUAAACCGAUACCGGACGAUUCGAAAGGACCGUAUUACUACAAGAGUAAAAUUUAUUUCAUGAAAGACGACAACAUCGAUGAGGUCGAGGAUGUUAAACCGAUCGAUGAGAGUCAACGUCAUUGACGACAAUUCGUUUAAUUAUUUUAAUUCGAUUAAUGGCGUCACGUUGAACGGUAUUAUAAUAUAUAUAUAUUUUUUUUUAAUGUAAUCAUAUAUUUUAAUUAAUUCAACGAGGACGUUCGAUCGUUAUUUUCUUAAAUCUUUAUCUAAUCUCUAAUUUCGUGAAUGAUCGAAGAAAGAUGAGCGUUAUUCGUUGUUGUUUCUUUCUUACUAUUUCUCUUUCUUUCCUUCUUUCUUCUUUUCUUUCUUUCUUUAUAGGAAAAACAAAAAAAAAAAGAAAACAAAAAAAAACGCAUACACAAAAAAGAGGAUAUAAAAAAUAGAACGAAAAAAAAGGGAAAAUACUAAGAAAAAAAAGAAAAUGAAAUAAAACAAUUAUUUCCGCUGUUCGUCUUUGCGACGAUAUUCGUAACCCAGUUAGAACACCAUUCUCCUUUUUUUUCCAUGCUUUCAUAGAAAACACGUCGGUACGACGUUACAAGAGCAUCAAUUAAAUAUCUGAUAAGUACAGCCGACAGACUUUUUUUUUCUCUCUCUUUUCUUUAUUUUUUGUUUUUUUACUUUUUGGUUUCCACAUACUUACCUCGACUACGUAUGUAAUUAAUCAAAGUCACGCUCGCGUUUCUUCUUUCGCGAAUAUCUUUGUUCUUCAUAAAUCUUCUUCGAUAAAUUUUUUGCUCGUUU